CAUUCCGGGCUGCUGGGCCGAUGGCGGAAGGAGAAGCAGAGGGGGAGAGUCGAUCCGAGGGCGGCCACGACGGUGGGAGUGGUGCCGCCGCCACUGGAGCUGGGUCCCCGGAGCGGGGUGUGGCGGCCAUCAAGCCUCAGUACCUUACCACCAAGGAGCAGUUCCACACCUUCCUGGAAACCAAAGGGAAAGAUGCAGAGGGCCAGGGCACGGAGAAGCCGACCGGAAGAGAUGCCGAAGAGGAAGAACCCAUCUGUCAGGGCUUGCCCGAACCCACAACCAAGAAGAUAAAACUUGAAGAUGAGAAGGAAGAAACCCAGGGCCAGGGAGCAGAAGAGGUGGAGCAACAGCAGAAAAGGAGAGCCAGGGGGCAGAAUAAGAACCGGCCGCAUGUGAAGCCCACACAUUACAGUGAGAACAAGCUGUGUCCGAGUGUCAUCCAGGCGUCAGCCGACAAGUGCUUCUUCGGCGAGCGCUGCCGCUUCCUGCACAACCUAGCCAGCUACAUGGCCACCAAACCCCCAGACCUCGGGGACAGGUGUGUCCUGUUCGACACCUUCGGGAAGUGCAUCUAUGGCGUCACCUGCCGCUUUGCCGGGGCCCACCUGGGGGAGCGGCAGCAGAACCUGGUGGAUGAGGAGCGGGCCGCACAGUGGCGGGACAGGCAGCUGGUGCGCAACAGCCUGAGCAAGGAGCUCCAGCAGCAGCUGCGCAAGAAAAAGGUGCUCUUCAGCCGCUCGGAGCGCUACCUCCGACAGUUGAACAAACCGUCCGCCGGGAAAGGCCGGACCCCGGACCCCGGGGCCGGGGGGUCGGCGGGGAGCGGGGGGCGGGAGGGCCCAGCCCCUGCGGAGGAAGCCCCGAGUUUGAAGUUGGAGGGCCAGGAGCCCCAGCCCGGGGGGCUGGAGGAAGAGCCCAGAGCAGGGGGCGGCGCCUCCCCAAGCGGCACCGUCCAGACGUCGGGACCACUCACCGACGAGGAUGUCAUCAGACUCCGGCCAGCCGAGAAGAAGGAGUUGGACAUCCGAGGCAAGCUGUACCUGGCCCCGCUCACCACGUGUGGCAAUUUGCCCUUCCGGAGGAUCUGCAAGCGCUUCGGGGCUGACGUCACCUGUGGAGAGAUGGCUGUGUGCACGAACCUGCUCCAGGGCCAGUCUUCCGAGUGGGCCUUACUCAAGCGCCACCACAGCGAGGACCUCUUUGGUGUCCAGCUGGAGGGCGCGUUUCCAGACACCAUGACCAAGUGUGCCGAACUGCUCAACCAGACCGUCGAGGUGGACUUUGUGGACAUCAAUGUCGGGUGCCCGAUCGACCUGGUGUACAAGAAGGGCGGGGGCUGUGCCCUGAUGAAUCGCUCCAACAAGUUUGAACAGAUUGUCCGAGGAAUGAAUUCGGUGCUGGACGUGCCCCUCACUGUGAAGAUCCGGACGGGAGUACAGGAGAAGGCCAACCUGGCUCACAGGCUCCUCCCCGAACUCCGGGCCUGGGGCGUGUCACUGGUCACAGUGAGUCGGCGGCAGGGGGGUCGGGGGGAGAGAAUUGUCUCUCUCGGCUCCUCUCACCUCCAAGGGAGGGCACUGGCGGUCAGCCUGUGA